GGCAAAAAUGCACGCCUCUGUUGUACAGCCCGCUGCAGGAGGUUCCUCUUCUGAGACAGGAGCAAGAACUGCAAUUGUGGAACUUCUACCUGUGGACGAGGACAGCACGAGUCUAGGGCACGACGUCAUGCUGCAGAACCAACUUUUGGAGAUUCUGCGAUACCAAGUGCCACCAUCUCGGUAUCGCAACAUGCGGUCAGAGCAAGAAUUCCGUCGGCUCUGGGACGAGCGAGAGCAGCUUUGCGACCAGGGUCGAGCCACCCGCGCGAUAGAUGAGACCAAUCUGCGUAGGCAGCUGCGAGCUCCAGUAGAUGAACACAACACUGCAGAACACCUCAGGCGGCAAAGGGACCUACAAGACCAAAUUUCUUUCCUUCUGCUGCACCGGCCACAUGCGCUGGUCGUACUGGCGACAAGAGGAACAGAAAUACCGACGUACAUGAACACCGUGGACGCCAUUCUGGACCGACGUUGGCUCGCGGCCCAACGCGCAGGCACGACACAGGGAUCCCAGGCCGCUGCUGCAUCAGCGGCCGCCCCGUCGGCUGGCGGGAUGCUGCUCUGCAGGAGAAUCGUCCUCUUCUGCAUCUUCAGUGCGAGCUCUGAUGAAGACGAGGACGGCAAAGCAAAGCUGAAGACGCAGUUGUCUGGCGCUCGUGCAAUUGACAUUGAAGUAGAAAAAAAAAUAAAGAUGGUAGAAAGCCUGCCCGUAGGUGAGGAAACAGCAACGAACUUGAUACAGCAGAUUAAUCUCCGGGGGAGACAAAUGCGGCAUAUUGAUCUGGACCUCAGAAAGGAUAAAUAUCAAAGACCCGGAGAAACUGUUGACACGUUUUUCUUUGGACUACUGGAAAUCGGACGACUUGACGCCGAAUAUCAAAAGCUGCGGGACCUGGCUUCGAGCGAAAAAUACAAGGUUUACAUUUCCGACGACAACCUCGACGCCGACCCGCGGACGGUCACUGCUGAAGAAAAUGGCAUUGGCAUUCACCCUGCUAACCUCGCUAUGCCAGAAAAAAACCGUGUGAGUGUAAGUCUGUAGUGCGAAGUAUGCAGGGGGCUGGGCGGACAGUUACACUUGUCAUUCUGGCCAGCCAUACACAUACCAGCGCCCUCGCUUCAUUCGUGUUCUCCUUCUCGCGUACUCACCGUGCAUGAGAGGAAUUCUCUGUCAUGCAGAGCAGAUAAUAAUUUGUCAUGCUCAUGUUGUUGAUGUCUAUGGCACGACCCCGAGGCACCUAUAAAUGAUACUACGAUUUCUAGCACAGUGGUUUAUUUUUUCUUGUAUACUCGCGCAGGCCAGGUGUCUACUGAUGUCGAUGUGGAUUGGAAAGGUUCUACCAACCGAGCAGGCGGGCGCAGGGUCAAGAACAAGAACUGGCGAUUCAUCUUCAAGCGCAGCAGGACCAACUGACGCAUCAGCGACGGAAGAUGAUAUUAGAACCAUCGGCAGCUGCUCAAGCGAUGACGACGGACCGGAUGACGACAGCACUGACGUCAGCACACCGGAAUUGUUGAAAAAACAGAUUAUUCAACUGGGGAAAGAAAUGCGGCUCGUUGAUAUGAAGAUCGGCGACCUUGCGGCAGAUGUGAACGAGAAACAGAUGAGAAAGGUAGAAGAAAAAAUUGAAGAGAGAAAAGAUGGGACGAGAUGGAGUCCGAACUAUAUGUGGAAGCUCGUGAAGGCACAAAGAGAGUUCUCAGUACAGCUAUUGGAACUUGCAAAGCGCGACCGCAAGUACCAAAAGCUGCGGGACCUGGCUGCAAGCGGAACAUACAACAUUCCUGACGACGACCUCGACGAUGACCCGCGGAAGUCUGAUGCUUCGAUAUUUUCGCGGAUUCAUUUUCUCGCGAAUGCGAGGGCCGCCUACGGGGAAGUGACCGGAAUUGCCUCACGACCAACCGAGCAGGCGAGCGCAGAGUCAAGAACUGGCGCUUCCUCAACUGCAGCACCAGGACGGCCUGCCGCAUCUUCAGCGACGAAUGCAGCUGCUCCUGGAGCAGGGGAAGAUGUUGAACUACGUGUAACGUCCAGCACGUCACCAGGCCCUACAGUCGAACAGAAACAACGACGGCAGAAGGCACGCGACAGGCUGGAAACAUUGUCGCAGGCGACCAUGCCGGACUUUAUUCGUCUGGCAGAAGCCGCCGCUGCCGACGGCCUAAUAACCACCGAGUAUCAAAUGCAAGUAUAUCUGGGUCGUCUGGAUGAAACUUAUGAUGCAAACCAGGAAAAAAUAACGGACGCGCUGUAAAAAUAUUACGCGGCCAUGCAUGACAUAGGUUUUGAGCAGCUACGUGUUGCGUAUUUCGCAUGGCAGAAUGCGCAGAUUUUGCAUGAGACAAGGACGAUCUGUCAGUUUGCAGCUACGAAUGACAGAGUUCCGAGUCAUGUCAGAGUCAGACGAGCAUGACAAAAAUAAAUCUUGCAAUGUUCCAGACCCAGACAUAUUUGCAAUUGAUACUGAGCAAAAGCGCACGUUUGUGGAGUAUUUGGAACAACAACUCGCGAACUUUCGCAGAGCGCAUCAAGUGUGGGAAUUCUCGGAAGCAACACUGUCACGAGCCGAUUUCGAGGACAUCCUGGACCAGGAAGAAAAGGCUGUGCGGCGGACGGUGCUACAGGGGAUAAAACAAUGGACGGAGCUCAUAAUGGUGCAGCGAAUCAAGAUCCACCAAGCACACGAAGCAGCACUUCCGCGCUCUUCUCUCGCACAGCCCGCACCAGCAGGGGCUUCCUCUUCUGAUACAGGAGCAACUGCAGUUGCGGCACCGGCGGCGGAGGACAGUGCGAGUCUGGGGCAUGACGUAGUGCUGCAGAAUCAAAUUUUGAACGUUCUGCGAGAACAAGUGCCACCAGCUCUGCCUCUAACGCAGUCGGAGCAAGAAUUCCGUCGUCUCUGGGACGAGCGAGAGCGUCUUUGCGACCAGGGCCGAGCAAGCCGUGCGACAACUGAUAACGACAUGCGGAGCUGGCAACUAACAGGCUUACUAGAAGAUGAUCACAGCACGACCGCGCCGGAUGAACAACACCUCAGGCGACAGAGAGACCUGCAAGACCAGAUGGUGUUGCGUCUACUAUGGCGGCCAAAUGCCCUGGAUGUACUGGACGAAAGAUCAACAACAGAGCUACCGAUGUGCCAGCACACCCUGUUUGCCAUUCGGGUCCGUUCCCCCGCGGCCGUGCAGCAGGUGCAGGCACAGCAGCCUGCAAGCGCAGGAUCAAGAGCGGGCGCUUCCUCGAGUGCAGCAGGACCACCUGCCGCAUCAGCGACGGAGGCUAGUAGGAAGACUCGCCCAGCACAGGAGGAAGAGGAAGACGUAAAUCUACUUCACCAAGGAAGUGGUGGUGAAUCUAGUAGUACCUUCUCUUCACCGCCACGCCAGGGUAGACAACUACCACCGGGGGAUCCUGUUUCUUCGGCGCCAGAUCAUGCUGGGCCGAUGACGCCACAGUUCGGUCGUGCAGCGGGGGAAAGAAGAACAAGCGCAAGUUCAUCUUCACAGCCUCGAGAUGAACUACCGCCUCAUGAUGCUUCGUCGGGGGCACGGGCAGCAGGCGGUGGUACAAUUUCUGCCGGAGGAAUUGAGGCCGGUGCCGGAGAUGAAAACACUGCAGCAGGAGCUCCUGCUGCUCUGGGUCUGGUUCCGUCGUCCUCAACUACUGCUCCUGGUGCUUCGGGUCCAGAACCAGAAGAACUACCUCAGCCUGGUCGACUACGAUCACUGGUUCUAGGACCACCGAAAGUGGACCAGCAUGAUGUCGACCACCAGGGCCAGCAAAUAAAGCAGCACCGCGGAGGCUUGUAUUCGUUGGCUGGGCCGAUGACGCCACAGUUCGGGCGCGCAGCGGCGGGAAGAAUAAGCGCAACUUCAUCUUCACAGCCUGCUCGAGAUGAACUACCGCCUGAUGCUUUAUCGGGGGUUGCAGGCGGUGGAUCUUCUACUUCGAGAGCAGAUGGCGCAGGAGCGCACCAGAACAUCAACCCUAGUGCCACUGCUACUGCUGCUCCGCCGCAGUCGCUACUGCAACAAGGCGGGCUUCGGGCUGCGCUCACUGCGUCGCCGGUCAUCGAAGGCACGCCAGCGCCGCCGUACCGAGAAGAGCAACUUAGAGGAGGAGCAAUAGCCCCCUCUUUGCAGGAAGAAGGUCUCGGUCUGCUCUCGCACCCACCUUAUAGUUCCGCAACAGCAAUACGCGAAGGAGUUGUUAUAAUAGAUGAAGGCCCAGGUGGUACUAGUAGCUCGUUGUUCAUCCCGUCUGGGCAUGGUUCUGCAGGAGCUCUGGCAGCCAGUGCCGCGACGUUUUACCCAGAGCCAACGUUUUACCCAGAGCCACCAUAUCCCACUUCUAGGGACGGUCUUGAUCCUCAACCGCUUUAUUCCUCCGACCGCCCGCAGCUGUAUCAUGGCGCCCGGGUAGACCUAGAUGACCCUACCCACCCCAUCAACCAACCAUUAGAUCCAGAGCCCGCGCGGGGACGAGGCGUAGUUCAAAUCGCCCGUUCCCGCGGUAGCAGCGUGGACUCGAUGCAGGAAUUACAUGGCGGCAACUAUAGCGGGAUUAAGACCGCGGAUUACACGUCGUCCACAGUGUCGCCGGCGACUGCGGGCGGAAUUGUUUCGCCGUCUACGGUAUCGCCACUAUCAAGCGCAAAUAUGAUGUUAGUCAUCCAGAGCCAGUUUGGUUUUGAAAGAUGAAGGGGUUGUUGAGUAUUAUAAGUUCUGUGUGAUCUUGCUGUUUCGCCUUUGGCUUUGCAUCAUUCGAAGCGAGGAACACCGACCGCACUUUGAUUUUUACCGACUGGGACUGGUGCUCUGGUAUUACUAACAUCCUACUUGCCGAGUGCAUACCCAUCCACUGUUGUGAUAGGAGACGUCGACGCUAGGGGAAGGAGUCCUUCUCCCGAGGACGCACGACCGCUGGAGGUUCUUCUCGACCCGCACGACACAGGACAAGAACCACAGCACCAACAACCCCCACCCGCACGACCUGCUCUUUUAGCUGGUCAGCAGCACCAGCGCCAUCAAUUCUCCCCACAUGCUGCAGAAUUUCGUCCGGGGAUGGUUUCUCAUGGGGCGGUGGCAGCCCCGCAGGAGCAAACACCCCAAGGAGAACUACAUGUAGGACAACUAGUGCAGCCACCUGCAGCAGGUGGGAGUACUCCAGCGAUGGCUCUGCAGCCAAUACUAGGCAACAUGUCCAAUGCAACAGCCUCCGACUACCAUCAAUAUGCAGCCCCGAACUACGUCUAUCCGAGCCCGUAUCCAGGUUCUUGGGGCUCGCCGUUGAGUGCAGCUGGAACGAGCUUUUAUCCCCAGCAGGAGCUGCAGGAGCAGCAGCUGCAGCAAGAAGCACUACAAUACUUUGCAGCUCCCGAGCUGCAACAACUACAACACGAGACAGGCACUGCUUAUUCCCCAAUGAUGUUCUCACCUAUGGUCCCGCCGCCGCAGGGAGGUUACAAUCAAGGUCAUCAAGCUGCUCAAGCCGCAGGACAUCUUCAACUAGGUCAGCAACAAAUGCAGCAGCAAAUGCAGCAGCAGCAAAUGGUGCAGCAGCCGCCCAUCAUGGGUUUCAUGCAGCCGAUGAUGAGUCAGAGUCCGAUGUCUACUUUCAAUGUUGUGCAGCCUAUGAUGCAGCAGCAGCAGCACCUUUACCAGCCACAGAUGCAGAUGCCUCAACCGCAGCAGGUUGCUGCACCGACGCAGAUGCAGCAGCACCAGCAGGUUGUUUUUCCGGAAGCUGGUGCUACGUCAACACCGAUGCACUCUCAGCAGCAAGAAGGCAUUCGCCAAGGCCAACAAACGGCUGCGACUGAUGAGUCACAGCUUGCUUCUGCUAUGAGCGUGCACAACACCCCCUCAUUUCAGGGACAUGAACAUGUCAUCUAGCAACACAACUACUAACAACCUGCGAGGAGAUGUGCUGUAGCUUUCGAAUGACAGAUGAUCCACACCCAGGCUUUAUUUGUACAGUUUGGGCUUCCAGAACUUGUCAUGCAAUGCCCAGAUAGGAUUUAGAUUUUGCAUUUUGGAUGUGGAGUCGUGAGCAGGAACAGGAUGAGAGGGAGUUGUGCACUUUCAUACCGGGUGGUGCUGCGCCCCCGCCAAACCGCGAGCGCGCCAACCCCAACGUUUGGAAGGGAGUCCCCGCGCAAAUAUCGUUACUGGCCGCGGGAUAUCUUGUGCAAAAGUAUCGUAGUCAUAUAAAUGCAAGACUUGCAUUACAAAUCCUUUUCGUAGGGUAAAUUCGCAUUACAAAUUUCAUUUCUCAUGCUGAGGGAAUUUGUCAUGCAUUUAUACGAGUGCGAUACUUUUGCAGUUCAUACGGGAGCCGCCGCCAGCGGAGGCAAGGAAGCACAAGGCCGGUUUCCAAGGACGCCUAAAUUUGGAAAACGAGGUGACUCGUCGAAGAAGACCACCAGCGGUCCAGUAGAUUCGGACGACGAGCAGAGCCCCGCCGCGAGUAGCUCAACGUUUGCCCGCGUUCCAGAGGACCCAUCUUCUCCUUCUUCUUCGCCAAACAGGCCGAUUGCAGAGCAGCGCAGAUCGUCUCCCCAACGCCAAAUAGAGCAGGUUGAGGAGUUUGAGUUUCCGACCCGCGGCCGAGGUGGAGGUGGUCUGUUCGGGUUCCUGCAUGAUAGAGGUCGCGUAGAAGCGACCCAGGAUCCUACCCAAGCGACUGGCUCUGGGACACUUCAUGGCGUUGGAGGAGGUGCUAGUAGCUCUUCGUCGGCCCUUCCUAUAGCCGGUGUACAGGCGGAGCAAGAGCAACAGCGAGAAGAACAAGAACGCCCGCACGAGAACCAGGAGACGCAACGCCUGCUGGAACGAGUGCUGCAGAGCCAGGACGAUUACAGAGAAAGCAAUUUCCCUGGUUUCCUAGAAGCCGGUCGCGAAAGAAAACGAGAAAUAUUGAGACAAUUCGAGUCACAUCUAUGAAAGCCUCAGGUUGGAAAUCCUCAAAGUGAAAAUAAUUUGUAAUGCAAAAAAACGACUCCAGUUGGAGCACCGUUUCUAGUCGGCGCAUGACAAAUUUUCCGGGCACUCAAAACGUGUCUGUCAUGCUAGUUAGGCAAAGGGGUGCCCUUCUCUCAUGCUAAUCAGCAGCCUAAUUCUGAACCCGUAGAAGCACAAUAGUCGGCCUCCAUUGCGUUCUCUGCAAUACAGUCUUUUUGGUGCCGCAUUUCAUGCGUCACAAAUUAUUUCCACGUUGAGGAUUUCCAUUCUGAGGGUGUCAUAACAUCUCCGAGGCACUGGCAUGCUCCGGAAGGUUUUACAAGCCCAGAGGAAUAAGGAGGCGCAUCAGCAGCGAGAGCAGCGAGAACGAGAAGUUAACUUGAGUGCAGCACGAACGAGAACUGACGAGCGAGUGCAACGAGAAAUCGUGGAAAGACAAAGAGCAAAGCAGCGGAGGAGUCUGAGUGUGGGUGCGGAGCCUAGGUCUACUGCGCUGGGGCGAGGAGAGCACGAGGAAGAAGAACCCGCGGCCGAGGUCGUCGAAUCUGAUGCGGAAACGUAUUGGAAAUGAACUCUGUCGAGCGGACUGGCGUAAUCUGGCAGGAUGGAGCCAGUCGUGAACUCCGAAGUCGAGCGGUGUCUUCACGACCGAACGUUUUUAUACAACAGAGAAAGCAUGCAUCAUUCUUAAGCGAGCGACUUUUUUACGGCUGUAAUAUUGUCCACCGAGAAAGAACAUAUAACGCGAGAGCCAAAACUGUGCUCCCUUUCGGGGCAGAUAGAGAUUUUUACGAUAACAGCGACACUAGCAUGUGUUGCCUAGCAAAACAAGAGCGACCACCUUGUCACUGAACAGGUUUUGUCGGUGACGUACUUUUGAUGACUUCAUCUAGAGCUAGCAUACCAUUGAAUACAAACGAGGAACGUGUAAAGCGUUAGCGCGACGCUUGUCGCUUCCACAAGAGGCGGACAAGGCGCAAACGGCUUUUGAGAUAAAAAAAUGCAAUUGAGGAUAUGAGAUGAGACUUGUAAACCAGAACUAGCUACAAUUUGUAUAAUUUAUCUUCUACGAUUUUCAUGCAGCAGCACGCGGCACUUCGCUCGUGUGUGAUGCAACCACCGGCGGCAUAAAGCACUUUUGCAGUAGCAGUGCCACCGUGUGUGUUUUCUUCUAUUCAUGUACUUUAUGAAAAGAAGGACAGACGCUAAUUUUUCGAACACAAUUCAAUGAGGCUACGUGGCCUCAUCGGGCUUGAACUGGACACCGCAACGGUGCAGCUUUUGCAAAGACUUUGGGCAAGACUAGAAACAAGGCAACACCAACAGAUUUGUUUCACUGAGGAAAGAAGUAGAAGGAGAAAAAGGAG